AUGGGCAUCAGGUUAGCAACUCUUUCAUAUUUGCAGCCUAAUUUUGUCCAUCUCAUAUGUAACUUUGUUGCUUUUCUUCACACACUCGCCCACUCCUCCGCUCUCGUCUUCCCUCCCUAAUCAAGCGGUUGCCGUGGUUAGCAUCAAAUUUUUGGAGAAGCUCCUCACCGCCACUUCGCCCUUUCGGCGAAGCCAGGAUUUAGAGCGGUUUGUUGAAGCUUGUUGAGUUCUUACAAUUAGAAUGAUAUACACGGCGAUUGACAACUUCUACUUAACUGAUGAGGAGCUAAAGAACUCACCAUCUAGGAAAGAUGGUAUAGAUGAAGCGACUGAAACUAUCUUACGAAUAUAUGGCUGUGAUCUCAUCCAAGAAAGUGGCAUCUUGCUUAGAUUACCUCAAGCUGUAAUGGCCACUGGGCAGGUUCUAUUCCAUCGUUUCUAUUGCAAGAAAUCAUUUGCCCGCUUCAAUGUGAAGAAAGUUGCUGCGAGCUGUGUAUGGCUUGCAUCGAAGCUUGAGGAAAGUCCAAGAAAAGCAAGACAAGUCCUCGUUGUUUUCCACAGAAUGGAAUGUAGGAGGGAGAACUUACCAAUAGAGCAUUUGGAGGUUGGUUCGCAGAAAUAUCAUGACCUCAAAACUGACUUGAGCAGAACAGAAAGACAUAUAUUGAAAGAGAUGGGAUUCGUUUGUCAUGUUGAACAUCCUCAUAAAUUCAUAUCUAACUACCUUGCUACUCUUGAAACACCUCCAGAACUGAGGCAGGAAGCCUGGAAUCUAGCAAAUGAUAGUUUGCGCACAACUUUGUGUGUUCGAUUCAAGAGCGAGGUUGUGGCUUGUGGGGUUGUCUAUGCUGCUGCUCGUCGGUUCCAAGUACCCCUUCCUGAGAAUCCACCAUGGUGGAAGGUAUUUGAUGCAGACAAAUCUGGGAUUGAUGAAGUAUGCAGAGUUCUGGCUGAGCUGUACAGCCUUCCUAAGGCACAGUACAUUCCAGUCUGUAAGGAUGGAGACUCUUUUACAUUUUCGAACAAGUCAAGGGAUUCACAAUCUCAGCCAAUUCCGAAGGAAAUUUCACAGACUAGCCCUACAGCUAAUAUUAAGCCAGUUUCAGCAGCAAUUAAUCCUGAAUCUGUUGGAGCCAAAGAAGUAUUGGUUAGAGCAGCCAUUGACAAGAUGAAGGAUUCUAAGAAAAGUGAUGAUGAAUCAAAGAACGUGUCUGUUGAGGGAGAGGCAAGAGAAGAGCCUCUGCCAAAAUCUAAUUCUGAACUCAAAACAGAGGCAAGUAGGGAAAGGAACAGGGAGAGAGAGAAGGAGAGGGAAAGGGAAAGGGACAGAGAGAGGGAGGACCGAAUAAAGGCUCGGGAUCGUGAUAGGGGCAGGGAUUCUGACCGUGAACGGGAUCGAGAGGAAACAGAGAGGGACAGAGAUAAAGCCAAGGAUCGCAGUCAUCGUUCCAAGGAUAGAGCAAAGGAUUCAGGAGGACAUUCAGGGAAAUCAAGACAUCACUCAUCAAGAGAUCGUGACUACCACAGUUCCUCUUAUUCUUCAAGGGAGAAGGAUCGCCAUAGACAUCAUUCAUAUGCUUAAGCCUGUCUUCAAGGCAUGCUAGUUGUAUAUUGUAUCUAUCUUGAUCAUCAUGUCUGCAAAGAGGAAAUAAGUACUACUACUGGGGGAGAUAGAUCAUCUCACUUGAAACAAGAAUUAUUUUGACUUGAAAUGUACAACCUUAAUUUUGAUGACUGAUCUGUGGUCUAAUCCCAAUUGUUGAUCCUGUAUUCAGCCCUCUGUAAUGCAGGCACAACACUCGUAGUGCUUUGCUUAUCUUCUGGCUAUCUGCAAUAGCUUGCUGCAUUAUUGUAUAAUGUCGCAGGAGCUUGCCACUUCACAGGACGUGCUGCAAUUGGUAGCUGGUACUACUUGGGAGGUGCCAGCCUGGGGGGUCUGUCUUGAAUGCUUUACGAAUGAGAAUCCAUGUUCAUUUGAUAUCUUUGGCAAGUUUACACCCCUAGAAAUGCAUGCAGGAUGAUGUGCCUUGCAUUGCUGCUAUGUGAACAGCUUAUGUUUUUUGAUAAACAUCAGACUAUAUGAUAUGUCAAAGAUUCCUCACU